AUGGCGUACUCUCAACAUGAUGACUCUUACUUCGUGGAGUCCGAUGAACCUCACCACAGAAUCACAGCCCAAGAAGCAGCACGAAUGAUGGCCCGUCAACGGCAAGACAUCAUCGGCGUUGAGCUUUCACGAUUAGCAGGAGAUGAGUACCUCGAGGAUAUCAUGCAGCAUAUGCGACAAAUGGAGGAUGAGACUCUACCAGAUGCUUCCCUCAUCGAUAUGCAACGCGAGAUUCAGUGGUUCAUGCGACCUUACUUGAUCGACUUCCUCAUCGAGGCCCAUGCUGCCUUCGGCCUCCUCCCCGAGACUCUCUUCCUCACUGUUAACCUCCUCGACCGAUACUGCUCGAAGCGAGUGGUGUAUAAGCAACACUACCAGCUUGUUGGAUGCGCUGCGCUACUCAUCGCUGCCAAGUAUGGCGACAAGAAGGACCGUGUUCCUCAGAUUCACGAACUCAACAACAUGUGCUGCGGACUCUAUGAUGCUGGCAUGUUCACACAAAUGGAGAUGCAUGUCCUGAACACCCUCGAUUGGAUCAUUGGCCACCCCACCGUCGACUUCUUUUCGCAACUAAUGGUAGCAGAGGAGGGUGACGAUCAGGAGGUUGCGCACAUGGCUGCCUAUCUGUGUGAGAUCGCCUUGUACCAUCGCGACUUCGUUUCCACCAAGCCUUCCGUCUUGGCUCGCUCAUCUCUGGCUCUCGCACGAGCUAUCCUUGGCCGCUCUGAAGUUAACGAUGGAGGUUGGGACCAGACAGAGAACGUUACCUUGAUCACCUUGUCGCAUCACCUCCAUCAGCCCUCGCCUACACUUGCGCGCAAAUACUCAACAACAGGUUUUUCUCGGGUGUCGCAGAAGCUGGCCGAGUUCAUGGCUGAGCAAGCUGCGAUUGCCCGUCGAGCUGCUAACCCAGCUACUCCCCUAGCCGAACCCAUCAACAAGCACACGAGCAACAUCUACAGCACUCCCCAAAAAGGACACAGCGCGAUGGGGUUCGAUGGUUACCUAACACCCCCGAUCACCCCUGACGGCAACUCCUUGAUGGGCAACCACAACAUGACAAAGGAGUCUUACGGCUUACCUCCUCGAUGCCCGGUCACACCAACACCACCACACCAUGCGGCCGUAUAUGGUCAACACCAAUACGUCGGAUACGUUAACCAGCAUGGCAUGAACCAAUAA